UCCAGCGCACGCGUUUUGGUUCUAAUAUACUACAAAGGAGUGCUAUUCGGUUAAACUGCGUAGCAGACCAAGUAAACACAGUUCUCUGUUCGCCGCUUGACCUUCUGAAGAGCGCGAUCAAAUCACAGUGUGUGGUGCAUUUUCAAAGCUGACUGAAGUGAAUAACAUGCUGCAAGUGGGCCUACUCACGGUGCUGGCCAUCGGAACUGCGGUUCUGCUAAUCUAUCACUAUGUGUCGAGGAAAUAUUCAUACUUCCUGUCGAAACAGAUACCUUACAUGAAGCCAACGUUUCUGCUGGGAAACACCGGUCCGUUAGUGUUCCGUACACGAGAUGCCGCGUCCCAUAUGAAAGUGCUGUACAGCGCAUGUCCGGAAUCCAAGCUGGCCGGUUUCUACGUUUUCCUGACUCCGGCUUUCAUCGUUCGUGAUCCAGCUGUGCUAAAGAAAAUCGCCAUCAAAGAUUUCGACUACUUCACCGACCAUUCGCCGGUGAUACCGACCGACAACCCGGAUGCCGAAGUCGACAGUGUUUGUAUGUUCCGCAACUCGCUGUUUGUGUUGCGUGGACAAAAAUGGCGCGAUAUGCGAGCGACUCUCAGUCCGGCUUUUACCGGGAGCAAGAUACGGCUAAUGUUCGAUUUGGUUGCCGAAAGAGCUCGUUCGUUGGCUGGAUUUCUUACCGGGGAAGCGAAAAUGGGGAAAAAGCUGGAAUUUGAGAUGAAGGAUUUAUUGUCUCGGUAUGCGACCGAUGUGAUUGCAACGGCGGCGUUCGGAAUGGAAAUGGAUUCGAUGAAAAAUCGUGACAACGAGUUCUAUCUCAAGGGGAAAGAAAUGGUUAACUUUUAUUCGUUCACGAAAAUUGUCAAGAUCGUGUUGCUACUAUGUGUACCUUCACUAAUGGAUAAGUUGGGAAUUGGUGUUUUAGAUGCCAACCUGUUACGGUACUUUAAAAGAAUAAUCGCCGACAAUAUAAGGCAACGAGAAGAGCACGGAAUUGUGCGGAAUGACAUAAUUGAUAUGCUAAUGAAAGUCCGCCAAGUAAAGCAACAGAAAGAUGAUCCGGAUACGAAAAACGUCGGAUUAGGAACUGACGAAGAAGCUGAUGGUGAGAUGACAUCCCACACCCGGACCUGGACGGAUAACGAGCUAAUGGCACAAUGUUUAGCAUUUUUCUUUGCUGGAUAUGAAAGUAUUUCAACCUGUCUAACAUUCUUAGCAUAUGAAAUCAUUGCAAAUCCCGACGUUCAAAAUCGUCUCCACCAGGAAAUCGUGAAAACAAAUGAAUCUCUCAAUGGGGAACCUCUUAGUUAUGAGACUCUUCUAAAAAUGGAAUACUUGGAUAUGGUUGUUUCAGAAGCCCUACGGAAGUGGCCACCGAAUGUAUACUCAGAUCGAUUCUGCACCAAGGACUACACGUACGAUGAUGGUGCUGGUACACGAUUUGUUAUUGAGAAAAAUCAAGUCUUGGUGAUUCCGAUUAUUGCAAUCCACAACGAUCCCAAGUACUAUCCUAAUCCGGAUCGAUUUGAUCCUGAGCGAUUCAGCGCAGAAAAUAAAGCGAAACUAAACCCGGAUGCAUAUAUUCCGUUCGGGGUUGGACCAAGGAAUUGUAUCGGAUCCCGGCUGGCACUGAUGGAGGUGAAAGCCGUGAUAUAUUAUCUCAUGAAAGACUUCAGUUUCGAGCCGACGGAGAAGACGCAGAUACCGGUUCGUUUGUCCAGGAAGGGUUAUUUCCUCCAGGCGAAAAGUGUUUGGGCGAAAUUGGAGCCGAGGUUCGAGAUAGGGAGCGAUGGGUUGUAAUGGCGAAAAUGAUGAAAAGAAGUAGGUUACGGAAGUGCAACUUUAACCUGUAUUAUUCACACCUGAAUCAGAUCAUGGCGUGAAGCUACUAACGGACCAUCGCUAAAUUUGUCGAUAAUUAAAGGCACCAUUCGUAACUUGUUAUUCUAUGGAGCUGAACUGCACAAAUUGUUUAGAGUACAGAGGCUUACUUGGAAAUCCUCGGCUCUCGGAUGCAGAAAUGGUCGGUGUUAAGUCAGACCGGACCAAGUCGCAAAACAUCAAAAAAUGAGUUAAUGAUAGCACUGGAUAAAAAAUUUCUUCAUCUACAUUCCACUUUUACCAGAUUUGAAAUAUGAAACAAUAAACAAGAAUUAUGGUAAAAAUUAUUUUCCAAUUAUAAUGUAAAGGAUGCUGCGAUUCAAACUUUAAACGCGUUUUGCUCGAAAUCAAUGCACUGUCACUUAGUCCGGUCUGACCUAACACUGACCAAAUAAUAAGGUGAAACAUUACGAGUUUUGACGGAUUAUAACCUACUAUAUCAGCAGGCUUAGCAGGCGAGCCAACAGCAUAGUAUAACGAUCCCAUAACCGAUACAUUGCCUUUAAACUGGAAUGAGUAUAUUUGCUUCAUUGCUGAAGAACAGUAAAAUUAAGGCGAAAAUGUAAAGUACGAUCAAUCAUCAAAGGUGAUGAAUGUUCUAUUCAUAAAGUGUUUACGGUGAAGUGUACAGCAGCAAAUUGGUCUUUUGUUGAGCUUUUUAGGUGUGUAUUUAGGUGCUCGCUUACGUUUAUGACUAAAUAGCGGUGGUUUUCUUCAG